AUGGCGGACCUUGCGCCAGAGAAGGCCCAACCGGGCUCUGCAACCACGUCCGCCCUCAACUCGACAGAUAAUUCGCGGGCUGCAACACCUUCAAACGCCGCCGUAGAGAAGGCUCCGGACGACAGCUCCAAGUUCAAGACCUUCCUGGGCAUAUUGAGGAGGUUCAUUGGCGUCUCCGACCUCGCUGCUGUUCGCUUCUCCCUCCCCGCACAACUCCUCGAACCAAGGCCAAACUUGGAGUACUGGCACUACUUGGACAGGCCCGACACAUUCAUCAGUAUCGGGGAUUCGGACGACGACCUGGGGCGCAUGCUGGGGUGCUUGCGCUUCUGGUUUACAAAGGACCUGAAAUACGUCAAGGGCAAGCCGUGCAAGCCUUACAACUCUACAUUGGGUGAAUUCUUCAGGUGCAACUGGAAGAUCGAGGAUACUCAUCCCACCCUCAAGACACCCAACUCCGCACCCACAAGCGCUGCCAACAGCGUCAAAGGCGAUGGCAAGACCGUGACCGUCUCCUACCUUACCGAGCAAACGUCUCACCACCCGCCCGUCUCCGCCUUCUACGUCGAUUGUCCCGAGAAGGGCAUUAGUGCACGAGGCUACGAUCAACUAAGCGCAAAAUUUACUGGCACAAGCGUGCGUGUGGUUGCUGGAGCACACAACCUGGGCAUCUUCAUCAACUUGAAGAACCGGGGCGAUGAGGAGUACCAGCUCACUCACCCAGCGGCCUACCUUGGGGGCAUACUACGCGGCUCCCUCAAUGUAUCUGUCGCAGAUAGCUGCUUCGUUACCUGCCCAAAGACAGGGCUGAAGGUCAUCCUAGAAUACCAGGAGGAGGGCUGGCUCGGUCGAUCACAGAACAAGGUCCUGGGUGUCAUCUUCAAGUAUGACCCCAAGAAUGAUACUGUUACCAAGAUCAAGGAUGUAUCAGAGAAGGAUGUCCUUGCGCGGAUAGAGGGCAACUGGCAAGAUAAGGUCUACUACACCCUCGGCAGCAAGCCAUUCGCCAAGGUUGCCGAGAAGAACCUCAUCAUCGACCUCAACCCGCUCGACCCCGUAGCCAAGAUCGUUCCACCGCUUGAUCAGCAGCUUCCCAACGAGUCCCUCAAAUUUUGGGAUGGCGUCACAAAUGCCAUAGUAGGCAAGCAAUAUGGGCUAGCGACUAACCUCAAGACCGAGAUCGAGGAGAAGCAACGGCAGAAGGCGGCUGAGCGCAAGGUGGCUGAGAAAGAAUGGAAACCACGAUUCUUCACUGGAGCAGUCACACCUGUCGGCAGACCAGACCUCACCAAGGACGGCGAGGAAGCUCUGAAGGGUUUGCACGCGGAGAACUACCAACUGGCACCAAACGAGGAAUACGCCGCCUUUUGA